CCGAAUAGUUGGCUUGCGCUAAAUCUCAGCUUCAACUGACGCAGAGCGCUUUGACCGUAGUCAUUGCCGCGCCGUCAUCGCGAUCGGGACAACUUGUGUACGCGCUGCGGGGUUUUGUGCUCAAAAUCGUAGCGAACAACUUUCCCAGAGGUUGGCUGCUUGUGACGCUUUCUCGCCACUCACCAACCAUUUUUGUAGUGUUUUGGUUGUUAGGUGCGACGUCAUCGAAGGGUGUGCGACGUCGAUAAGCCACCACUCUAAGUGUACGCUUUGGUAUGUCGCGGUGAAAGUUAAUAGUAAACAAUUAUUUUUGUUGCUGUUCAUAAUUAAAAACGAAAUAAAUGACGUUUACGGGAGACUUUACUCGCGCCUGCGCAGCUGCCACGACGCCAAUCGCAAUGACAGCGAUAAAAGCGAACCAGCAACGCAUUAAAUGUGGCGAAGUCUUCAUUUGGGACUGUGUCGGUGAACUCUUUGCCAUCGAAUGUUUGCUCUGCGAGGAGCAUCCACUCUGCACACUGUCCGAAUUCGCUGAACACAUGGAUAUUUGGCAUUACGACUGGACGGCUGAGGCGCACGCCUCAUUACCCGAUACAACAACAACAGCGGAUGGCUGUGAGUUGUUACCCAAGCAAUGGACGGAGAUCGAAAGCUCAGCUGCCGCCGAAGAGCGCCACACAGACAUGCUGAGCGAUGGCAACAGCUUUGAAGACAACUACAGCGACUCGGAAACCAUAUCAAUGGCGUCCGAUUCGUUAGAAACUAGGUCAUGGCAUGCAACCUCGCUACUCGAAAGUGACUACAGCGUAGCAAUAAUGCAGAAUGUCACCGCUGUAAGCUCAACUGAAACCUUUGAAGAGCUACUUUACGGCGCAGAGGUUGGAGUGUGGGACAAUGUGAAUGAUCUGCGCAGCGGAGAGGCGUAUGUAGAACGAGCGCAGAGUAAUGAAGCAGAAGAACUGGCAGCGGACAGCGCGCAAGCAAACACAAUGGGUACUAUUGUGAAGAAACGGGUUGAGAAUCCACUACUGAAUCGCUUCAGAACCGAGAAAUUAAUAGAGAUUUAUGAAAAAUUUCCCGAACUCUGGCAUAAAGACGAACGCAGUAGCCAAAAGCCUGAGACACAAGCGAAGGCAUAUCACAGUAUCAGCCAGAAACUAAAGAAAGUUGGUAUACACCUUAAAACGGCGGCUGUACAACGGCGACUUAAUGCGCUACGCAAGCGUUAUCGCCUCGAGAAACUGGAGGAACUUAAAGCUCAUUUGAAGGGUCAAAUAUAUGAAAGCAGCUUCGAGUACUAUGCGCACUUACAAUUCUUAAGGGAGCACAUCGAGCCGGAGUUGUGCAAGAUUUGCAUGCGGAUUUGUAAAGAUGCAAAGGAAUGUUGUGAAGGCGCAGAGGAAACGAGGACAGAGAAGUUGCCAAUAAACAAUGAAGCUUCAGAAAGCGGCGUUGUGGUUGCUGAAGGAAGGGAGGGAAGUGAGGCACGCUGCGUUGUCAAAGAGGCACUACAAGCAGACGAGGAAAGCAUUAAAGAAAGCAACGCAGAAAGCAACGAAGGAAGUAACGAAAAAAGCAACGAAAAAAGUAUAGAAGAAAACAUCGAAAGUAGCAACGAAGGAAGCACCGAAAGAACCAACGAAGCAAGUUCUGAAGAAAUCAGAGAAGAAAAUUCUGAAGAAAGAAACGAGGUACAACAUUCUGUUAACGAAAUUACGCUUCAGCUAAGCAAAUCUGCAGCAGAACAAUUCGAGGUUAUGGUCGAAGAAAUAUUGAAAAGUGAGCACGCAAUGCAGGAGGCGAAUUUAGAAACAAGUGAGUUGGAGAUCGAAAGUAAUGAAUUCGAACCAGUUGAUACAACACUAAACGAAGUUGUGAUGGCCAUAGAACAGACGAAUGGAAACCCAGAAGGGCCUAUGUUGCAGGAGAACUUCGAAGUAAAUGAAAACCCGAAUGCAAGCGUAAAGGACUCAAUGGAACUGGUAGCAGUUGUAGAUACCACGAAGAAGCUACACGAAGCUAUCACGUUCUUAGAACAGUCAGAGGGCAGCCUCGAAGGGUCAAUAUUGCAAGAUAUCCUCAAAGUAGACAGAAACCAGAAUGAAAGCGUAAAGGAGUCAAGGCUACCGCGACGCUCGUUGCGGAAUAGAAGUAAGGUACAAAUUUUGGAGGUGUUAGAACUACCAAGAAUGCAACCUUUCAAGGCACAAGAGCUCGCAAUUAGCACAUCAACGCCGCAUGGCCAACAAGCCGUAGGGAUAAACGAGUGCAUGAGCACCGCUGACGAGAACAUGGCAUCGGAGGAAUAUGAUUCUUCGAAUGGUGAUUCGGGUAUACUGCGCGAUUACGAUGAACAACCCGAUGCCGAGACAAACCACGCCAACGAGACAGGGUCUUUUGCGCGCCUCACGGCUGAGCAAACGCACAAAUUGAUAGAACUCUACGGUCAACAUCCGCUGCUUUGGGACCCCGACCAUGCAGACUUUAGAGCGCGCGCGCAGCGGCGUAAUGUUUGGCGUCAAAUAACAGCACAAUUGAAUGGGCACUUCCAAAAGCGCUACACUUGGACGAAGGUGCACCGCAAAAUGCACGACUACAUCAAGUAUUAUCGGCGCGAGCGGCAGCGCAUCGAGCUGGAGGGCGGCUGUACGCGUUGGUGCUUCUAUGAUGAUUUUGCUUUUCUCAACGAAGUGCUCGCUGAGCAGAGCAGCGAAGCGUCAAAGCUGCUGCUGAACAAGCAACACAACAUGAAAAUCAUAGAGGUGUAUGCCGCGCAUCCGCAACUGUGGGACACCAAUCAUGCACUCUAUAAGCGGCGACGCCUACGUCAGAGCAUUUUCAAGGCGAUAAGCGAUCAACUGCGCGACGCGCACAACAUAAAUAUAUCGGCGCUUAAGCUGAAACAGCGCAUUGUGGAGUUUCGCUGCACCUAUCGCAUGGAGAAGGAGCGCCGCUGUGCCACCGAGCAGCGAGGCGAAACUUAUGAGCCCUGUUACGAGUACUAUCAGUUACUAAGCUUUCUGGACGCGCAUAUAGCGCCGUUCCAAUGCGCGGAGUGCAGCGCACAAUUCAAGAAACACACCGAAAUCGAGCGUCACAUGCGACAAGCGCAUAGCAAAAAUAAAAAGAAAACUAUUGUCAAGCAGCGCGCCGAGCUCCUCGCCCACGAUGCGAAACUCGUCACUCUGGAAAAUGUCUGCCACAUUUGCGGCAUAGGCUUCACGCUGAGUCGCAACCUCAUGUGUCACCUGAAGCGUCACACAAAUCAGCGCGAAUACCAGUGCGUCCACUGCCCGAAGAAGUUCUUUGACGGCGCCACCUUGCGCGUUCACGAACGCUCACACACCAAAAGUCGUCCUUACGUCUGCGAACAGUGCGGCGCCAGCUACGCGACAGGCAGUAAGCUGAAUCAGCACUUGAAGCGUCAUAGCGGUCAACGUGACUUUACGUGUGAACUGUGCGACAAAGCGUUCUUCACGGCUUUCGAAUGCGAGCGUCAUAUGCGCACACACAUGAACAUACGCGAGAAGGUGUGCCCCAUCUGCGGCAGAGACUUCGGCGUCGGCUCGGGCUACUAUGCGCACAUGCUAUUGCAUACGGGCGUCAAACGAUACAAGUGCACAAUGUGUGGCAAGCAAUUCGCACAGUUCGCAGGCCUCUAUAAACAUCGGAAACGCUAUCACCCGAAGGAGUUUGCGUUGGAGCGCGCGAAAAAGAACGGACGAGUCGCAAAAGAGGUGGCGGCGAAAUAACUACACAUAUUCGGUUCAUGAGGGAGAACUUUAAAGCAUUUACAACAACAAUUAAUACAACAACAAAACGACGUGAGCAGUAUGCUGUUCUCAAGACAGUGGGGUCAACGUAACCUGAAUGGGCUCGAAUUUUUAUCCGGCCAUGAACUGUCAACUCGGGGCUACAUUCUUUCUAACAACUUGUUUUCUGCCGACACAACACCAACACCGACGACGAAAGGACAGCCCGUUCCCAGUCGGGUCUACGUAACCGGAAAGGACUCCGUUUUUUUCCGGCCAAGGCUUGUCAACUCGCCAGAAUUCUGGCGCUACAACAAAAACAACAACAACAAUGAAAGGUCAGCAUAUUAGCCCGUGUCUAAAGUGUCGUAAACUUUUUGAAGGAACAAGACUAAGCGCUUCCCUCCGCCUACCUUCUUCGCACACAAAAUUGUCUGCGCUUUUCACGCGCGCUUUAGUUAAGUGCCUUUACAGUUAUAACGCUAUAUAUAGAACAUUAUUUUUCAACGAUUAUUUGCCCCAGUUAGAAUUUAGGCAAUCAAGUGUUAAAAAGUGA